CUAGAAAUAAUCUUAGGCAACCCCUGUUGUUUGAAAAUAACCUUCCAGCUGAAAUUUUAAAUUACUUGCAAGAGAAACAGGUUGAAUGGAAGUUCAUCCCUCGUUACUCUCCUAAUUUUGGUGGUUUAUGGGAGAGUUGUGUCAAAAGUUUCAAACAUCAUUUUUCCAAAACUGUAACAACAAACGUACUUCAUUUCGAAGAAUUCUCAACAAUCCUUGACAAAAUCGAAGCAAUCCUGAAUUCUCGACCUCUUUGGCCAAUGUCAAACGAUCCUAAUUACCUCUCUCCACUAACUCCUGGCCACUUCUUGAUUGGUUCUGCAAUGACCGAUAUAUUAAAUACUAAAGCAGAAUAUCCAACUUCGUCGGUCACAAAUUGGAAGUUAAUUAAAAAAUUAUAUGAAAAAUUUUGGAAACGUUGGUCAAUGGAAUACUUGCAUCAGCAGCAACAAAGAUGUAAAUGGGUAAAACAAACCAAUAUUAGGGUCAACACAUUAGUGAUAUUAAAAGAUAAGUUCUUGCCUCCUCUGCUUUGGAGAAUGGGCCGAAUUAUAAAGCUUCACCCAGGUAAUGACAACAUACCUAGAGUAGCAUCAAUCAAGACCAGCUCUGGCACUUUGAUUCGUAGCAUCUCUGAAAUUUGCCCUGUCCUAGACCCGGCAUAGCCCGCCCGGGGGUGGCACCCUGUACGAUUUUGACUGUAUCAUGUAUAUAUCUCUUGUAUGUAUCUAUGGUUACGCACCACCACUUGUCUUUCUGAUCCUCUCUCACGUUCAUACACGCUCUUCUGAUCCCGAUA